GGCACGGACGGCGGGUACGGCGCGAGCACCCCGCGCUCGGCGGCCCCGGUAUCGCAGCGCGCACCCACGCAGCACACGCGGCCUCGCGGGCGCCCACCCGGCCGAGCCAAGACCCAGCGAUGACCCUGAACAACGUCCCCAUGCGCCAGGGCACUGUGGGCAUGCAACCGCAGCAGCGCUGGAGCAUCCCGGCAGACGGCAGGCAUCUGAUGGUCCAGAAAGAGCCCCACCGGCACAGCCUGCGCAGCCGCCCCCCCGCCGCUCCCGAGGACCACUGCCGCCGGAGCUGGUCCUCUGACUCCACAGACUCGGUCAUCUCCUCUGAGUCAGGGAGCACCUACUACCGGGUGGUGCUCAUAGGGGAGCAGGGGGUGGGCAAGUCCACUCUGGCCAACAUUUUUGCAGGUGUACAUGACAGCAUGGACAGCGACUGUGAGGUGCUGGGAGAAGAUACCUAUGAGCGAACACUGAUUGUUGAUGGGGAGAGUGCAACAAUUAUACUCCUGGACAUGUGGGAAAAUAAGGGGGAGAAUGAGUGGCUCCAGGACCACUGCAUGCAAGUCGGGGACGCCUACCUGAUCGUCUACUCCAUCACGGACCGGGCGAGCUUCGAGAAGGCGUCUGAGCUGCGAAUCCAGCUCCGCAGGGCCCGGCAGACCGAGGACAUUCCUAUCAUUUUGGUGGGCAACAAAAGUGACCUGGUGCGGUGCCGGGAAGUGUCUGUAUCAGAAGGGAGAGCGUGUGCUGUGGUGUUUGACUGCAAGUUCAUCGAGACGUCGGCGGCUGUCCAGCACAACGUGAAGGAGCUGUUCGAGGGCAUCGUGCGGCAGGUCCGCCUCCGGCGGGACAGCAAGGAAAAGAACGAGCGGCGGCUGGCCUACCAGAAAAGGAGGGAGAGCAUCCCCAGGAAAGCCCGGCGCUUCUGGGGCAAGAUCGUGGCCAAAAACAACAAGAAUAUGGCCUUCAAGCUCAAGUCCAAAUCCUGCCAUGACCUCUCUGUGCUCUAGGCCCCCAGAGUCACCCCAGAUGUCCCCCUGUGGACAUCGUUGAACACCAUUGGGACCGAUAAUCUAUAUUAGAUUGGAUCCAUAAGUAUUAUUAGAUAAGGCUUCCCCCAUUGUAGCUGGGAAUUAGCUUGUUAGCCUCAAGGGCGACAUCACGCAUGGGAAACGAAAGAUCUUUGUAAAAUCAGUAUUUAUUUACAGGAAAAGCCUGACCUUGUUACUUGAACACCCAAGACUCAUCAGAGGAUGUACUUGGGGUUCACAUGUGUUUGCUCUCUCCUCUGGAUAGUAGAGAAUUGAAGCCUACAAAAGAAUGCUCAGAACAAGAACUAUUUGUUACUAAAAUGUCACCCAGUGUUCCGCUACAUGAAUUUGAGGCCAGUGGGCCAUAGACAAAUACAGGAAAGCCGUCAAAGGAUUUAUCCAAAGGAGGGAGAAUUUCUUUCUCUGUACCUUAUAUUCGUGGAGCUGGGACUGUAGAACCGGGCUCAUCAUAAUCAUGACUAUUAUUGCUCCAUCAAGCUGUGAAAAGAAAUGAUGGACCUUCCUGGAAACUAAAGCUUAGCCAACAAUUUUUGUUCCAUGCCCAUGGUUGGGGAUCCAGAGAUCUGUAGAAUUGGGAACUGAUAGGGGUACCACUUAUGGGAUCAAAAAUCAUAUUUUGGCUUCUGUGUCUUAAAUUUUUUGUUGAGGAGAAAAUUACUUAAAUCAAAUUCUACUUAGUCAAACCACCUUUUGUGUUUUCAUUGUUUUUAAAGUCUUGGGGCCAUCAUGAAUAUAUUUUAAAAAUCUGAAUUGUUGAUAACCUGGAGUGCAAAAUGCCAAAUUUUGAAACAUAAUCAAAGGUCUGAAUUUUUAUAAAACACAAAACAUAAAUACUUCAGUACUUUGGGUUGACCCUUGUAUGCCACAGCUCGCUCUAUUUAUUGUUAUUUUGCAAAAUAAUAACCAUUUUAACAUUUGAUAAAGCAUAUUUAUGAACAUAUUUCUUAAUAGGAAAAAUGUCCAUUUUAUUACCAUUUUCUAUCUUUUUCAGAAUAUGCAAGUUUUUACCUAUAUGUCUUAUAAUAAAAGAAAUAAAAUCUUUG